AAUGCUCACACCUCUUCUUCUAACAAAAAAACGGAGGCGAAAAAUUAUACAACAUUGGAGCAGGUUUUGUUACAGUCGAGGUACCAAUGGUUGUUAUAACCGAAAUAACAGAUCCGGAUGUACGGACGGUUAGCGGCUCAUGGGCGAUCGGAGCAGAUGGAAGCUGGGUUUUCAUCCCCAAUCCACAGAACGCAGUUAGACGGAUGAGCAUCCGGGAGGGCGAGAAAGUUGAUGUUGUCCGAGCGCUUGUCAGAGAAGCGUAUGGGGAAGAGUAUAUUGGCUGCGAACUACACUUGGCGUACCAAUGGCCUGAUUGGAUGGAUAUUGAAGAUACCUUUGGAGGGAAGACACGGCCAGUACCGAUAACUACUGACGAGACGAUGGGCGUUUUCUUGGCUAUGCGUUAUGAGUUAGAUGACUUGAACUUGUUUGUUUCAAAAGAAAGUGUAGACUGGGGUUUAACUGCUACGGAAACUAGUGCGUCAUCGACUUAUGGUUUGCCAGACAGAGGGAAAACGCCGUUAUACUGCAAUGAAGCCCCAUCUCCUAACUACAAAAACCCAAUGUGGCAUAAGCUAAUGGAUGAUGAGGCGGUGCUACGUUGGAUGCAAUCAACACAGCCACAAGUCGGCCAAGUAGGAGAAUCUUCUUCCAACGUCAACCAAAUCCCUAUGGGGGCAAACGUUGAGCGAGCCUUUGUUAUUCAAUCCAGUGGUAGUGAAGACAGCAAUAGUGAGAACGGAGAUGAGGUGGAAGACUCAAAUUUGGUUGAGGCCGAUUUACUAGCAAAUCUUGGAAUGCCGGCAAUAAAUCUGAGUGAGGAAAGUUACGAUUCAGACAAUGAGUUUGAUGACAAUGCCGGAGAAGAGACAAUAAAAGAGUGCAAUUUCUUUGGGCCAUCUGCAACCUACAUGUCCGGACCACUAGGGGAACACUUGGAUCUCGAGGUUUCCUUACAUGAGGCUCUAGAGGACAUGUGCCUGAACUUUGCGUCUUUUAACCGGGACGCCGCGCCUACACUUGAUGACCAAGGCGAGGAAGGUCGUAUCGGGAUGGAGUUAGCUCUUCGAGAUGUUCAAUACGAAGGCGACGAAUUGUUCGUGGGGCGUGUCUUCAAAAACAAGCAAGACUGCAACGUCAAAUUAGCCGUCCACGCCCUAAAUCGACGCUUUCAUUUCCGACGUGACCGCUCCAGCAAGAAAUUGCUCACUUUGACUUGCUUUGCCGAAUCGUGCCCCUGGCGAGUCUACAUAGUGAAAUUGGAAGACUCUGACAAUUAUCAAAUUCGUAGAGCAACACUGGAGCACACAUGCACUGUUGAAGAACGAAGUAAUUACCACCGAGCGGCCACGACUCGCGUGAUUGGCAGCUUAAUGAAAGGAAAAUAUGAGGGCAAUACUAGAGGGCCGCGAGCAAUUGACCUACAGAGACUCCUUCUUACCGAUCAUUCUGUUAGAAUUUCAUAUUGGAAGGCAUGGAAGUCCCGGGAAAUUGCUAUCGAGGGGGCCAAAGGAUCGGCUGCUAAUAGCUUCUCUCUCUUACCGGCUUACAUACAUGUACUACGGGAGGCUAACCCAGGAUCCAUUGUUGAUCUUAAAACAGAGGUGUAUCCAAAGGCUAGACAUGGAGCUUGUGUAGUUCACCUCCAGCGGAACAUUGCAGCCGCCUACAAGAAGAAACACUUGUUGUUCCACGUUUCGAGAGCUGCUAGAGCAUUCAGGAUCUGUGAAUUCCAUACAUACUUCAAUGAGGUGAUAAGACUUGAUCCGGUUUGUGCACGCUACCUAGAGUCAGUUGGCUUCUGUCAUUGGACAAGAGCUUACUUUCUGGGGGAACGCUACAACGUAAUGACUAGCAAUGUUGCAGAGUCAUUAAACGCAGUCUUGAAGGAAGCCCGAGAACUCCCCAUCAUUUCUCUUAUUGAGUUCAUAAGAACAACACUAAUGUCAUGGUUUGCAAUGAGGCGUGAGGCAGCCAGAUCCGAGGCAUCAGCCCUGCCACCAAAGAUGAGAGAAGUGGUGCAUCAAAACUUUGAAAAAUCAGUGAGAUUUUCGGUAAGGCGCAUAGACAGGUAUGAUUAUGAGAUCCGAGGAGAAGGUUCAACUGUUUAUCAUGUGAAGCUCCUGGAACGCACCUGCUCGUGCAGAGCAUUUGAUUUGCUGCACUACCCUUGCCCCCACGCUAUAGCUGCUGCAGUUGCAGAGGGCGUUCCAAUACAGGGACUAAUGGCGCCAGAGUAUUCCAUUGAAACAUGGCGAAUGUCAUACCACGGGACUAUAAAACCAGUCCCUGAUGUUGGAGAUGUGUUUCCCUUACCUGAACCCGUAGCAUCUCUUCAGCUAUUCCCUCCUUCCACCCGCAGGCCGCCUGGAAGGCCGAAAAAGAAGCGUAUACCAUCAAGGGGAGAGUUUCAGGCGAAAAAACGUCAGAUAACACGUUGUUCACGUUGCACGGGCACUGGCCAUAAUCGUGCCACGGCUACUGAAUCUCUCGCGUUGUUUGCAUGGGUUGUAGUAAGGUCACAAUUUGAAAAGGCUUUGGAGGCAAACAACCAGGAAGCUCAUUACUUAGAAGGUCUAAGGUAUGCUUGUUGGGAAAAAGACAUAGCCAUGGCAAAAAAACAUAUUUACAAAGCUGUAAACUUAGUACCUGAGGCAACAUUCGUCUUGGCUAUGUUGUCUAUUUGCGCUGGAGAGAAAGAGCUGGGAGAGUUCUUCACCGACCAAUUGGUUGCACAACCAUGGGCUGAGGUUUUAGCUAUGGGUGACUCACUCUUUGCACAUCUUGAACGCAUGAAGGUGCAAAACGGCACAGCGUACGCCCAAACUUGGAAUGGAGCCGUCCCAGAGUGUUCUGAGUUCCAUAACAUAUACAACCGCUGCGAAGAGUGCUACAUCUUUUGGUGUUCGAAAGAAUUUUGUCGCCGUUGUUAGGUAAGACAAUGUUUAAGAUCUAACCUGUUGUUCCUUUGCUAUUUUGUUGAAAAUUAUGUCUUAUUUAGGAAUAGCAUGUAAUAUAAGUUCGUCUAUAUG